CCUGGGGGCCUACCAUGAACUUUCUUAAAACAAUCCAGUUGAGAUGCAGUUGAGUUUAGGUACCUAAAGUCAAUCGCAUUUUUUCGUACCAUGACCGCCUAUAAGCUGAACCGUAUUAGCAUCGCAAGACCGAAUGAAAGAACGAUAAUUUUGUUUGUGGUUUCUAUGUAAGUUUAGAAAUUAAACUGUCAAACUUACUUCGACAGAUGUUUCUAUAAAAAUAAAUUAAAUAUAACAUUAUUUUAAAUAAUCUAUCAAUCACACUAAGCUAUUAAGAUUUAGAAAAUUAUAAUUAUUUAUAUAAAAAUAUUCUAAUAAAAUAUUUUAAGCAUAAAGUUUUCCGGUGAUUUGAUAUUUGACACUUACAUUUUUGAACGUUUUUCGGCCCGCGCCAAAGUUUAACAACUUUGCCGCGGUUGUUUCAAAAGUAUUAACUGUUAUAAGUUUAAAAAUUGCUAUAUGUUAUAUAUUAAAUUAUAUAUCUAAAAAUGAGGUAAGUAUUUUACAUACAUAAUUUAUACAUAUGCAAAAGAGAUUCCUUUAUUUUUUUGUUCAAAAUUUAGGCAAAACUAGAUAAGGUUGUUUGUUAAUGUUUCAGUGAAUCCACGAACCGUAGAGUCACUUAUAGACAGCUUGAGCAUUUGUGGGAAUUUUUGAAUAAAAAUAGAGAAAUAUUAUCCGGAUACAAUAAAACAGCUCGAGCGAGAGAAUUUUCACGGAGGAUGUGGGAAGAGAUUGCGAUAGGUUUAAAUGCACACGGGGAUGGCGCAGUUAAAGAUUGUAAAGCAUGGAAUAAGUAUUGGAAUGAUUAUAAGUCAAAAUUGAAAAAGUUGGCCCACCUAAACAGAUUAUCAAGAGACAAAACUGGUGGAGGAAAACCAGUAACAAAAGAAAUAAGUGAUCUAGAACAAAAGUUUUUAAGUAUUCUUGGAGAAGACUUUGGUUCUGGGUUACCCCAAAUUAGAGUUGAACCAUUUAUAGCAACACAAAGCCUGCCUGACACAAAUACAGACUUUACAGACAGUAUUUUAGCUGUGUCUGACUGGGUAAUUUCACAUACCAAUUGUAUAGAACCCCAGCCUUCAGAGAUAACUAACCAUCCACCACCAUUAACUUCCACACUACUACCAGUACCAUCAACAUCCACACUAUUACCACAACCAUCAACGUCCACACUACUGCCACAACCAUCAACAUCCACACUACUGCCACAACCAUCAACAUCCACACUACUGCCACAACCAUCAACGUCCACACUAACACAACCUGUCAGCUCACACCAAAGGCAACAGUCAACAACAGGAUCCCAAAGACCACCUCGCGCUGAAACCAGCCAUCGUCGUCGAGCUACACGAAAUAGGCAGAUAUCUGCUCAAGCGGCUCGUCAAGCUCUAAUUGAAGAAGCUCAAAAACAAACUAAGUUAAAAGAAGAAAAAUUAGAGCUGUGGAGAAGGCUUGUUAAAGAUAUUAAUGAAAUUAAAGACAUACUCAAAGCAGGUAAUUUUAAAUUGAAAAUGUUAAUACACAAAAAACCAUUGUUUAAUCAGAAAUAUAUAUUUAUUUUCUCACAAUAAUGAACACAAAAUAAAAAA